AUGACAGACGUUGAGAUUAGAGGUAACUUACUUGACGCUUUCUUAGGUGGUGUUGAUACUGUUAAACAAAAAAUAGUUGCCGAAAUCGACCCAAUAUUUCCUCCAAAUACUCCUUUCAAUUUGAAAUAUGAAGACCUCUUAAAAUUGGAGUAUUGUGACGCGAUUAUUAAUGAAGCUCGUAGAAUUUCAUCGGUUGCAACUGAUAUCCCAAUAUAUGUUGAAGGCCUUGCGAAUUAG